ACACACCCUCCGUCUGUCAGUUCGGUGAGUAGGGAGCAGGAGCUCGAGCAGAAGGAGGAGGAGGUGGAAGCAGAAGCAGAAGAGCAGCAGCCCGGUGUAGAAGUGCUUUAAUUCCGCAGGAGAUGUUCUGUGGGCUCGGGGAAGAGCUCCAGCUGGAUGGAGGAGACAUUUAACGGAGGAUUUCUCUCUCAGCCUGGCUCAGAGUUCCGGAAAGAAGGCUGCGGGAGAGUUAGCGCUAACUUCAUCUGGAACUAAACAAUAAUAAUAAUAAUAAUCAUCAUCAUAAAGAUCCCUAAUCACACACACACACGGAGCUUUAAUCCAAUAUAAAUCACUUAAUAACUGGACAGAGUGAGAGCUAAUCCACGAUGGUGCAGCAGUAUCAAUCCCCCGUUCGUGUGUAUAAGCACCCCUUCGAGCUGGUCAUGGCGGCGUAUGAGAGGAGGUUCCCCACGUGUCACCUCAUCCCCAUGUUUGUGGCCAGUGAUGUCCUCAGCGAAGAAACGAGUGAGGACAACUCCACGCACAAAAUCGAGAGGAGGUGCAAGCUGGACGUUGACGCCCCUCGACUCCUAAAAAGGAUCGCGGGCGUGGACUACGUUUACUUCAUCCAGAAGAACACACUGAACCGCCGCGAGAGGACGCUGCACAUCGAGUCGCACAAUGAGACAUUCUCCAACCGCGUCAUCAUCCACGAGCUCUGCUGCUACUCGGUUCACCCCGAGAACGAGGACUGGACAUGUUUUGAGCAGUCGGCCAGCCUGGACAUCAAAUCCUUCUUCGGUUUCGAGAGCACCGUGGAGAAAAUCGCCAUGAAACAGUACGCUAACAGCAUCAAAAAGGGUAAAGAGAUCAUCGAGUACUACCUGAGAGAGCUGGAGGAGGAGGGCAUUACCCAUGUACCCCGCUGGAGCCCCAGCACCUCCAUCAUUCAGCCUGUCGUCGCGGUCACGCCCCCGGCUCCUCCCACAACGGCCCCCAUCGCCAUCACCGCCCCCGCAGAGUCGGGCAAAGACGCAGCAGCGUGUAAAGACAGCAGCAGUCCAGUGGGCAGCGCCAACGAGCCGCUCACCGCCACGCCAGAUGAUAAACUGGAUGCUGACUACAUCAACCGUUACCUGGGUGACCUCACACCUCUACAGGAAAGCUGCCUCAUACGCCUCCGCAGCUGGCUGCAGGAAACACACAAGGGCAAGAUCCCGAAGGACCAGCACAUCCUGCGGUUCCUGCGAGCGCGAGACUUCAACAUGGAUAAAGCGCGAGAGAUCCUGUGUCAGUCUCUCACCUGGAGGAAGCAGCACCAGGUGGACUACCUCCUGGACACCUGGAGUUCUCCACAGGUCCUCCAUGAUUAUUACACCGGGGGCUGGCAUCAUCACGACCGCGAUGGCCGUCCUCUCUAUAUCCUGCGUCUGGGACAGAUGGACACUAAGGGUCUGGUUCGAGCUCUGGGGGAGGAGUCACUGCUCAGACAUGUUUUGUCUAUAAAUGAGGAGGGAUUGAGGAGGUGUGAGGAGAACACCAAGGUGUUUGGACGCCCGAUCAGUUGUUGGACAUGUCUGGUGGAUCUGGAGGGUUUGAACAUGAGGCAUCUGUGGCGUCCCGGCGUUAAAGCUCUGCUGCGCAUCAUCGAGGUGGUGGAAGCAAAUUACCCAGAAACCCUCGGGCGCCUCCUCAUCCUGCGCGCUCCCCGAGUCUUCCCUGUGCUCUGGACUCUGGUGAGUCCGUUCAUCGACGAGAACACGCGCAAGAAGUUCCUCAUCUACGCCGGGAACGACUAUCAGGGUCCUGGCGGUCUGGUGGAUUACAUCGAUAAGGAAGUUAUCCCCGACUUCCUGGGUGGAGAGUGUAUGUGCGAGGUUCCCGAGGGAGGCCUGGUCCCCAAAUCCCUCUACAGAACCCCCGAGGAACUGGAGAACGACGACAUCAAACUGUGGACGGAAACCAUCUACCAGAGCGCCAGUGUUUUUAAAGGAGCACCGCACGAGCUGCUGAUCGAGAUCAUCGACGCCUCCUCUGUAAUCACCUGGGACUUCGACGUGUGUAAAGGAGACGUGGUCUUCAACAUCUACCACUCCAAACGGGCUCCUCAGCCACCAAGGAAAGAGGCGCUGGCGUCUCAUGGCAUCACGUCACCUGGGGGCAACAACGUGCAGCUCAUCGAUAAGUCAUGGCAGCUGGGGCAGGACUACAGCAUGGUGGAGUCUCCGCUCACCUGUAAAGAGGGGGAGAGCGUGCAGGGUUCUCACGUGACACGCUGGCCCGGGUUCUACAUCCUGCAGUGGCGGUUCCACUCCAUGCCAGCGUGCGCCGCCACCAACCUGCCCCGCGUGGACGACGUGUUAGCCACACUGCAGGUUUCCUCUCACAAGUGUAAAGUCAUGUACUACACUGAGGUCCUGGGCUCUGAGGACUUCAGAACGGCUUGCUGCGAUGUGCAGAGUUUGGGUUCAAUGACGAGCCUGGAGUCGAGUCACAGCGGAUUCUCUCAGCUCAGUGCCGCCACCACAUCCUCCAGCCAAUCACAGUCAAGCUCCAUGAUCUCCAGGUAGAGCCAGGAGACACCAGACGAAGGACGGGGGAGGGGCAAGAGAUGGAGGACGGGGGAGGGGCACAAGACGAAGUACAAAGAAAAAUAACUACACAUAUUUGAUAACAGCGCCGUGGCGUUAAAGGGCUUUGAUCUGCGUUGCCAUGGCGCUCGGCUGAGCUGCCGGUCAGUUCACUGGUAACUUCCUGUUUCCUCUCUUUCUGUGUCGACAUGUCUGACGAACCCGAGUAAUACGAGUAAAAAAAAAAAAAAAGGACGAGCUGUUACACACACAAAGGGCACAGUAAUACUGUAUACAUAUGUUUUUUUUUGUUUGUUUGUUUGUUUUGCCAUAUCGCUGGUGGUGUCAGCGUUUAUAGGUCAAAGGUCAGGUUUGUAAACGUGGCAAAAACGGCCAUGUAAAGCAAUAAACAUUUCUAUUUGUAUUUAUCUCGAGCGUGUGACGCGGUCUGCCGGUGUUUAAGGUGCUCUGUGCUCGAUUAGCUAUUCGCUUUUCCACUUGCUUGUGAAACGAAUCCUAAAAAUUGCCUUCGUCCAGUUUCUGAAUUUGCAAAUGACCGGUUCCUAUGCAUCGAAAAGCCUGGGGGGGGGGGGGUGAGCGAGGGCUACUUUUUAUGUUUUAUAGGUCAAAAUGAAAUAAACACAGAGUUGCUGUGGGUUUGUAUCGGACGCGUUUCAUUGGAAAUCGAGCCUAAUUUGCAUGUUAGCGUUAGAAUUAACCAGAUAGCAGUGGAAUAGAUCAUGUAGUUAAAAAAAAAAUAAUGAAGUAAUAAAAACACAAUUUUUUAGAUUUACAGCAUGAAAAGUGUCGAAUAUGCCGACAGCUUGAGUAGUGCAGAAUAUUCAUAAACAAAUAAAUAAACAUAGCGGACGUCCAACAAGGCCGUGAAUUAAUACAUCUUUCUGUUUUUUAUACAAUUAAGAGGCACAAGAUUUAAUACAUGUCCUCGACAUCAGAUAACGGACCAUCUUUACCAAUAUUAUCUUUUUUCUUUUUGUGUGUGGUUACCCAUGCUAGCUAGCGAACUGGGCAUUAAAAAGUCAUUUUAAUAUGCGAUUGAACAUUUUCUGGAUUUUUUUGUUUGUUUGUUUUAAACAAAUAGGUCAUGAUGAUAUUACAAGCGACGGCUUUUCAGGUCAGUUUAUUUCUAGAUUUUGUCCAGAUGUUUUUUGAGAAUAUCAAAAGUGUAAGUGUGUUCAGGUCGGAGGUGUGAAUGCUGCACUGGUGGAUGAUGAUGUUGUUGUUGUUAUUAUUAUUAUUAUUUAACUCCUUUACAGUAAGCAGGGCACGACGGUCAGUUAGAGUUUACUUUACUGACACAAGGACACACCUGUGCAGGUGAGUGAUGAGGUCACGAGCUGAGCCCAGGUCAAAACAACUUCUAGAGACUUGUUCCACAUCCAAAAACACUCUAACAGUUACAGAGAGAGCGAGAAAGAACAGGUUGGUUGUGAUGCUCGCUCCACCAACGUAGUGUUCGGGGUUUCAUCGUCCAGGUCAGGGCUUUAAACCUCGGACAUCGCGCGUCAGAAUAUUUCAGGAAGUCACGUUAAAUCAAAUCAAAACUCUUUAGGUUUAAUGAGAACAGCUGAAGGAGAAUAUUGUAAGUGUGAUGAGGCGGUCUGCAGGACGAUCAUGGCUUUGUUCCAAAUCAGAACUGGAAAACACCCUGCGUUUUUUACUGAGAGAGAGAGUGCAGUAGGUAAAGCUCGCUCGACCGUUUGUUGAUUUUCAUGUUACGGUGCUUUAGAACAGUGAUAAUGAUAAGGAUAGUGAUAGCGAGGUUCUUCCUCGUCACGUGUAAACGUGUCACGGCUGGGUUGAGGUCUGAAUCGGAUUCGGAACACUCGCUCAUGUGCCACGUGUUUAGACUUGAAAGAGAAAAAAAAUGUGAUGCAUGUUGUGGAUUUUUGUUUGUUUUUUUCCCUCCAUAUUCAAGGAAACUGGAAAGCGGGGUGAUGCGUCACGCUGCACUUCAACACGUGUGCAUGUAGUGAGGAUUGCGUGUGUUUUAAAAGAAGGUUUCAGUUAGUGAUAUAUAAAUCAGUUUAUUUUUACUUUCCACGUGUCGUAAACCGUCAGGGGCGGAGAGUUCGGGAAGACGGAGUGUUGUCUUUGUUUGUUUGUUUGUUUUUUAAUCCUUGGUGCAAAUCAAAUCAAAAUUCAGAAUGUUUACCAAAAAUAGGACGCUCACGUGAAUGUAACAGAGUUACACUCGCACGUGUUUAAAAAAACAAAUAAAAAGAAAACGAGAGCUCGGAACAUGUUACGUUUUUUUCUCAUUAACCAGGAAAAGGAACUGCUUUGGAAACCCAGACCUGUGCUUGAAACCUGAAACAUGGAGGGGUGGGGUGUAUGAGGGGUGUAUGUUCUUCUCAUCUGUUACUCCCGAAGCAGCAUGCUAAUGCUAAACGCUAGCCGUUCUCUGGAUGUUGAGAGACGCGCACGACGUCCGUUCUUUCCUCAACAGUUUACAGCGACGCAACGGACCGGACAAUCCCAUCACCUCACAUCAGCGUCACGUCUCUUCUAGCAAAGCAGGGCUAACACGAGCGGAGAAACAGGACUGCACGCGAUCCGCCCUUUUUUUUUUUUUUUCUUUUUUUUUUUGGUUACUGCUCAUGAUCGUAAACGUUACACGCUAGCUAAGAGGCACUGGCGUCGCUAACAAGGAAUUCACCACAAACAGCAUUAGCGCAUCUCGACAGUUUAGGGGAAUGUGCUUUCUACAGAUUUUCAUUACAUAGGAUUUUUAAGUUUGUAGGUGUCUCCCGCAUCACCAUAGCAUCAGAUUAGAUCAGCAUCAAAAGUGCUACUGAUAAAGCAUAAAGGUUAGCGCCUCUGCUAGCUGAGCGACCUGUGGGCGUGGCCUGCUUUUUAAGGUCAAAAUGCUAAGAGCCAGAACAAACUGCCUGGAUUUUUACACGUGGUUAUCGUUGUUUAAAUAGUAUUUUAAUGAUGUUUUGGUGUAUAACGUUAUCGUGUGGAACCUAUGAGAAGAUGAUACGGUUUUGUAGUGCUGGUCAGGGACGACGAUCGUCUCGAAGUCGGAACGUAAAUCAGCCUCAGCGUUCAGCUUUUAUUACAUGUUUAUUAAGGCAGCUGUUACACUUCUGGCUCAUGUUACCAUAGCGACUCUCACUGUUCCGAGUGCUCACACGCCAUCGCGUCGAGUGAAAAGCGAAAUGAUUUUUGAUUUCUUUCUCACUGAGGAGAUUAUUUUUAAUCACCAGCACAAACUCACGACCUGAUUGGUGAAGAACGGAGGAAGAAAAGUUAAUAAUAAUCUUUUUAGGAUUAGCAUAAAAAGGAAAUAAUGGAAUACAGGAGAGAUUUGUUUACCAGCCAAGCGGGUCGUGGAGUAGACACAAGUCCUCAAAACUUCCUGAAUUCUGGAUUCAAACUCAGUUCUACGUUGAUUUUGUUGGAUUUUCCUUCUCCUGAAAGAUCUAAAGGUGAAGCUUUCGCGCUCAUUCGCUCUCGCACCAAUUCACUCUCGCGCUCCGGCUCUCUGUCGUGUGAAGCCCUGUUUCUCCGGCUGUACGAGGGCUAUGUACAUAACAGAAAUAUAUAAAUAUAGAAUAAAAAUAACUGUCUUUUAUGUUUGUUUAUUUGCUUUGUUUUUCUCAUGAAUGUCCAUUUCUCCAUCCGCACACGUCGAACUCUUCAUUCAUGAACACUGCAUAUCUUUCUCUCUGAGAAAACGAUGAUUGUGUAAAAGAUUUAAAAAAAAAAAAGAAGAAGAAGAAAACAAAACAUUUUGGAGAUUAAUAUAUGAGAGAGCGCCUUUACAUUUGUUUGUUUUUUGGAAUUAAUUAAACUUGAAUUAAAAAGAGA